UGUCUUUGCUCAUAAGCACGUUUUUACAUAUCAGGAACUUCUAAGCACGGAUUCUAUUGGAAUUAGAUUUUAUACCAUAUAUUGUACAUCACCUGCAUAAAGAAGGAUUUCAAAGGAUAACAAGAAUGCGGGUUUGCAACAUGAUUGGGGCGGUCCUAAUCCUCAUGAUAAUAGGAUUUGAAGGGAUCGAUGGUGCAGCUAACUGUACUGCCAGUAAUCCUUGUCUGAACGGAAGAACAUGUAUGGACGAAACGUGUUCAUGCGUCGAUGGAUUUAGUGGAGACAUGUGUCAGACAGUUAACUGUACCGCUGGCAACCCAUGUCUGAACGAAGGUACCUGUGAGAACGACACGUGUUCAUGUUCUGCAGGAUUCACUGGAGAUCUUUGCGAAACAAUUAACUGUACCGUUGGCAAUCCUUGUAUGAAUGGAGUUACCUGUGAGAACGACACGUGUUCAUGUUCUGCGGGAUCGGGACUGACUGGAGAUCUGUGUGAAACAAUUUCAUGUAUGGACGGCAACCCUUGUAUGAAUGGAGCUACCUGUGAGAACGACACGUGUACAUGUUCUGAAGGAUUGACUGGAGAUCUGUGUGAAACAAUUUCCUGUAGUGACGGCAACCCUUGUAUGAAUGGAGUUACUUGUGCAAACAACACGUGUCCAUGUAUUGCGGGGUUGACUGGAGUUCUAUGUGAUACAAUUGACUGCACUGCUGGCAACCCUUGUCUUAAUGAAGGUACCUGUGAGGAGAAUGAUACAUGUACAUGUACUAGUGGAUUCAAUGGAGAUGUGUGUCAAACAGUUUCAUGUAUGGACGGCAACCCUUGCAUGAAUGGAGCUACCUGUGAGAACGACAUGUGUACAUGUUCUGAAGGAUUGACUGGAGAUCUGUGUGAAACAAUUUCCUGUACUGACGGCAACCCUUGUAUGAAUGGAGUUACUUGUGCGAACAACACGUGUCCAUGUUCUGUGGGGUUGACUGGAGUUCUAUGUGAUACAAUUGACUGCACUGCUGGCAACCCUUGUCUUAAUGAAGGUACCUGUGAGGAGAAUGAUACAUGUACAUGUACUAGUGGAUUCAAUGGAGAUGUGUGUCAAACAGUUUCAUGUAUGGACGGCAACCCUUGUAUGAAUGGAGGUACCUGUGAGAACGACACGUGUACAUGUUCUGAAGGAUUGACUGGAGAUCUGUGUGAAACAAUUUCCUGUACUGACGGCAACCCUUGUAUGAAUGGAGUUACUUGUGCGAACAACACGUGUCCAUGUUCUGCGGGGUUGACUGGAGUUCUAUGUGAUACAAUUGACUGCACUGCUGGCAACCCUUGUCUUAAUGAAGGUACCUGUGAGGAGAAUGAUACAUGUACAUGUACUAGUGGAUUCAAUGGAGAUGUGUGUCAAACAGUUUCAUGUAUGGACGGCAACCCUUGCAUGAAUGGAGCUACCUGUGAGAACGACAUGUGUACAUGUUCUGAAGGAUUGACUGGAGAUCUGUGUGAAACAAUUUCCUGUACUGACGGCAACCCUUGUAUGAAUGGAGUUACUUGUGCGAACAACACGUGUCCAUGUUCUGUGGGGUUGACUGGAGUUCUAUGUGAUACAAUUGACUGCACUGCUGGCAACCCUUGUCUUAAUGAAGGUACCUGUGAGGAGAAUGAUACAUGUACAUGUACUAGUGGAUUCAAUGGAGAUAUGUGUCAAACAGUUUCAUGUAUGGACGGCAACCCUUGUAUGAAUGGAGGUACCUGUGAGAACGACACGUGUACAUGUUCUGCAGGAUUGACUGGAGAUCGGUGUGAAACAAUUUCCUGUACUGACGGCAACUCUUGUAUGAAUGGAGUUACUUGUGCGAACGACAUGUGUCCUUGUUCUGCGGGGUUGACUGGAGUUCUAUGUGAUACAAUUGACUGCACUGCUGGCAACCCUUGUCUUAAUGAAGGUACCUGUGAGGAGAAUGAUACAUGUACAUGUACUAGUGGAUUCAAUGGAGAUGUGUGUCAAACAGUUUCAUGUAUGGACGGCAACCCUUGUAUGAAUGGAGCUACCUGUGAGAACGACAUGUGUACAUGUUCUGAAGGAUUGACUGGAGAUCUGUGUGAAACAAUUUCCUGUGCUGACGGCAACCCUUGUAUGAAUGGAGUUACUUGUGCGAACGACAUGUGUCCAUGUUCUGCGGGGUUAACUAGAGUUCUUUGUGAUACAAUUGACUGCACUGCUGGUAACCCUUGUCUUAAUGGAGGUACUUGUGAGGCGAAUGAUACAUGUACAUGUACUAGUGGAUUUAAUGGAGAUGUGUGUCAAACAGUUUCAUGUAUGGACGGCAACCCUUGUAUGAAUGGAGCUACCUGUGAGAACGACACGUGUACAUGUUCUGAAGGAUUGACUGGAGAUCUGUGUGAAACAAUUUCCUGUACUGACGGCAACCCUUGUAUGAAUGGAGUUACUUGUGCGAACGACGCGUGUCCAUGUUCUGCGGGAUUGACUGGAGAUCUGUGUGAAACAAUUUCCUGUACUGACGGCAACCCUUGUAUGAAUGGAGUUACCUGUGAGAAUGACACCUGUUCAUGUUCUGAUGGAUUGACUGGAGUUCUUUGUGAAAUAAUUAGCUGCACUGAUGGCAACCCAUGCCUGUAUGGAGGUACAUGUCAGAACGAUAUAUGUACAUGUAUUACUGGAUUAACUGGAGAUGUGUGUCAAACAGUGACGUGUAGUGCUGGUAAUCCUUGUCAGAACGGAGUAACCUGUUCAAACGAUGCGUGCCCAUGCCCUUCGGGGUUAACGGGAGAACUCUGUGACACAGUUGACUGCAAUGAUGGCAACCCUUGUCUUUACGGAGGUACUUGUGAGAACGAUACAUGUACAUGUAUUUCUGGAUUAACUGGAGAUGUGUGUCAAACAGUUACCUGUGCUGAUGGUGAUCCUUGUCAAAAUGGAGCUACCUGUACGAACGAUGCAUGUCCAUGCCCUGCAGGAUUAACAGGAGAUUUGUGUCAAACAAUUUCCUGUUCUGCCGGCAACCCUUGUAUGAACGGAGGUUCAUGUGAGAACGAUGCGUGUUCGUGUUCUCCGGGAUUGACUGGAAAUUUGUGCCAAACAGUUGAUUGUAGUGUCGCCAACCCUUGCCAGAAUGGAGGCAACUGUACCAACGAUGCAUGUACAUGUCCUGCGGGAUUAACUGGAGAUAUAUGUCAAACAGUUGACUGCAAUCUGGAGAACGACCCUUGCCAGAACGAAGGUACCUGUGCGGACGGUGCAUGUACAUGUGCCUCGGGGUACACUGGAGUUUUGUGCAGCAAUGCCAUUGAUUGUGCUGAUGAUGACCCGUGCCAGAACGGAGGUACCUGCGAGAACAAUGCAUGCACAUGCACUUCUCCAUAUAUUGGAUCCGUGUGUGAUACAGUCGACUGUAGCGGUGCAAACCCUUGUGUAAAUGGAGGCACAUGUCAAGACGGCGCUUGUUCGUGCACGGAUAAUUUUAAUGGAAUUCUCUGUGGUUCAGUCGACUGUUCUGGUACAAACCCUUGCAUGAAUGAAGGUACAUGUGGGGAUCGUUCAUGUACAUGUGUUGCAGGAUUUACUGGAGUCUUGUGUGAUACAGUUGACUGUUCAGGUGACAACCCCUGUAGGAAUGGAGGUACAUGUGGGAACAAUACAUGCACAUGUGCAACUGGAUAUACUGGAAUUGUGUGCCAGUCAGAGGUAAUUCAGAUAAGGAUAGAUGCGGUAUUCAGUGGAGAAACUUUUUCAGAAGUCUUGGGAAACACCUCUUCAGCUGAGUUUAUGGCAGCUGCUGCAAGCUGGGAAGGAACGCUCACAACAAGUUACUGUGAAGACCAAGGAUACUCGGAAUCUGAAUGCCCAUUCACGAUAAAGGUAGUCGGAUUCAGCAAUGGAUCUUUGGUAGUAAAUUACGAUGUCUUAUACUCAAGCUCCGAUGGAGUGGCUGAUAAUUUCAAUCCUACAGAGGUCGUGAUUAUGGACAACAGUGGAUCUACCAUCCCUUCUACGUUUAAUCUGUUAUCUCUUAUCUGUGGUGGGGUUGUAUGUGAUGGCUGUGAAUCGUGUCCCAUCGUUGAGGCUCAAUGCGACUCCUCACAGACUCCUUGUCAGAACGAAGGUAUCUGCGUGUUCGGAGAAUGUGUAUGUGCCGUGGGGUACACUGGAGUUUUGUGCGCCAAUACCAUCAUCUGCAGUUCAGAGACCCCCUGUCAGAAUGAAGGUACCUGUGUGGAGGGUGCAUGUACAUGUGGCUCCGGGUACACUGGAGAUUUGUGCAAUGAAACUGUGAGGACUCAAGGGGAUCUGCAAUGCUACACUUGUUCUGCCAGUAAUGUAACAGAUGAUUGUUCUGCAGCAAUUGGAACUGAUUCUGAAGUCACAGCCACGACAUGCUAUGAGAACCAGCGAUGUUGGACCGAGCAUUACGAGAACUCAACACAUACCAACAUUUGGCGUGGAUGUACAGAUUCGGCAUGCAGUACCGAGAACAGUAAAGGACCUUCUUGCCGGUCGACAGGGGAUGGAAACAUCCUAUGUGUUUUCUGCUGCGAGGAAUCUUUGUGCAACGAUGACCCAAGCUCUGGCAACACCAUUUCAAGUUCUGUCACUAAUACUUGGUUGGCAUUCCUUAUUUCUUUGAUCAUCAUGUAUGCUACUUUUAGAACCUAACCGAAUAAACUGAAAAUAAAAUACAAGCUAUAUUUCCUAUCUAUACUCCCCAGUCAUAGUGAUAGAUCCAGUCAGACUGGAUACAAUACCACUGCAGGGCCAGCAUUGUUUAGUGCACAUUAGUCUGACUUUUCUAUACUUGUGUCUUAUCCGGCUAGAUCAGGGCAUGAUACUACCUAGCCAAAAU